UUGGAUGGGCGCUCUUAUUCUCUAAGAGUAUUAUACAAGAGUUUUUCAUUUCAUUGGAGUGUAAAACAAUUCGGAGGAAUUUGCUUUUCAGACGUUCCAAGAAUUUGUAGUGAAUUUGCAGCUAUGUUACCAGAAACGAGAAACGUGAAACGUGACGGCAACGGCAACGUAACGAGAAACGGAAUUUUGAAAGGUUGCGCAUAAGAAACGGUAUAUAUAUAUAUAUCAAAAUAUAAAAAAAUAAAUAAAAAAUUUAACAUUCAAACAAAUGCUAAGCAGAUAUCAAAUACUUAAUAGAAAUAAACUCAUAAAUCUACGGAAUACCCUAAGAAGGGGACCCCAUCUGUCCCAAUUGCUGCAUAAUUUGCUGCAAAAUCAUCGGAGUAUUUUGAUAGACUUACCAAAGAAGGGUUGCUGCUAAUCCCAUUUUAAAAAUCUAGCUGUGUUUGUUUGCUUAACUUAGUUGAAAAUCAACACGUCAACAGCUACAUAAAAGUAUUAAAUCCAUAUGCAUGAAAAACUGCUGGUUAACUCGUGCAAGUGGUGAGCAAAAAGCCUAAAAGGAUGCAGCAGACAAUGCUAAGCACAAAAAGUGGCAGAUAUUUUUGCUUCUAACUUCUUUGCAGUCGACAGGAAUGGUCAGAUGGUUUAGAAACGGCCGUUUCACGACGGGAAACCGGUUUCUGCCGUUGAAACGCGAAACGGGGCUUUCCCGUCGCGUUUCUGGUAACUUAGAUUUGCAGUCUGUGAAGUUUUAGUGUGUGGAGGUUUUAGUGUGUGUCAGUUGGAAAGAUCCAGAAAAGGAGGAUGCCUGCAGCAGGGUUUGUGGCUCCUGGAGGAGUGGAGUUCGAGGCGCGGAUAACGCCUUAUGUGAUCAUAACAUGUAUCAUGGCAGCAAGUGGAGGCCUCAUGUUUGGCUAUGAUAUUGGAAUUUCAGGCGGAGUGACUUCUAUGAACGAUUUUCUGGAGAAAUUUUUCCCUGUUGUGUAUCGGAAAAAGAAUGAGAUCCAAGACAACAAUACUUACUGUAAAUAUGACAAUCAGGGGCUUCAGCUGUUUACUUCGUCUCUGUAUCUGGCCGGUCUGAUAGCGACAUUCUUUGCGUCGUAUACGACCAGAGUAUGGGGUCGGAAGCCGACCAUGCUUAUUGCAGGUAUACUUUUCCUGAUUGGAGUAGUGCUGAACGCGGUAGCUCAAGAUCUCGCCAUGCUUAUCAUUGGCAGAAUUAUGCUGGGAUGCGGAGUUGGAUUUGCUAACCAGGCGGUUCCUCUUUUCCUCUCAGAGAUAGCACCGACGAGAAUCAGAGGGGGUCUUAAUAUUCUCUUCCAGUUGAAUAUUACCAUAGGCAUUCUUUUUGCUAACUUGGUGAACUACGGAACAGAGAAAAUCACGCCUUGGGGAUGGAGGCUUUCACUGGGUCUGGCAGCAAUUCCUGCUCUUCUUCUUACUGUAGGUUCCAUAUUUAUAGUAGAAACUCCCAACAGCUUGAUCGAAAGGGGGCUCCUGGAAGAGGGUAGGGUUGUACUCAGAAAAAUUAGAGGAACCGACAAUGUGGACCCAGAAUUCAACGAAUUAGUAGAGGCCAGCAGAAUAGCCGCAUCAGUUAAACAUCCAUUCAGAAAUCUUCUGAAGCGCAGAAACAGGCCUCAACUGAUCAUAACAAUGUGCCUGCAAUUCUUUCAGCAGUUUACCGGUAUCAAUGCCAUUAUGUUUUAUGCUCCUGUGCUGUUUCAAACUUUGGGGUUCAAAAACGAUGCCUCACUCUACUCUUCAGUUAUUACCGGUGCUGUAAAUGUUGUGUCCACUUUAGUUUCAAUCUAUUCAGUUGAUAAAGUUGGGCGAAGAGUGCUUCUGCUCGAAGCGGGAGUGCAAAUAUUUGUUUCACAGGUGAUCAUUGGAAUUCUGUUAGCAACAGGGUUGAAAGAGGACGAAGAUAUUUCCAAGGGCAUGGCAAUUGUGAUAGUGCUUAUGGUAUGCACGUUCGUCUCAGCCUUUGCAUGGUCAUGGGGGCCUCUUGCAUGGCUCAUUCCCAGCGAAACAUUUCCACUAGAAACAAGAUCCGCUGGACAAAGUGUCACCGUGUGCGUCAACCUUUUCUUCACAUUCGUCAUUGCACAGGCAUUCCUGUCAAUGCUUUGCCAUUUCAAAUACGGGAUUUUCUUGUUUUUCGCUGGUUUGGUUUUAAUCAUGUCUACGUUCGUCCUGUUUCUCCUUCCGGAAACAAAGAAUGUGCCUAUCGAAGAAAUGACAGAGAAAGUGUGGAGACAACACUGGCUGUGGAAGAAGUAUGUCACAGACUCUGAUCUGAUCGAUGAUGAGGACGGUGAUGCCUAUGCCAAUCAAGAAACUGGAAAAGAUAAUGUCAAGGCCUAUCACAAUUCUCAGUUAUAAUUUGAUUUUACUGCAUAAUUAAUUUUCAAGCUUACAGUUUUUUCGAAGCCUCCCGAAUCAA